GAAUAUUUGUUUGAUUUUAGUUUCUUAUUAUAUGUUCGAUCUUUUUGGUUGAAGUUGUUUUUAAUUUCUACACUGCCUCCUUUUUAUUUCUGUAUGGAUUUAGUAAGUGGUUGUUGUGAGAGAUUUGAUAUUCUGAUUCAUUUUGCGCGAAAUUUCGUUUGAUUGAGUGUUUUAAAAUGUCAAAUGUCAGUUUGGUUUAAUGGUGGAGGAACCGUUGAGGAAGAGUCUCAAAAUUGUUGAAAUUGUGUUUUUUGUGUUCUUCUCAAUUUCUUGUUUCAUUUAUUUGUGAGGCCUAUGGACUGCCGAUUCGAACACAAAGGAUCUUGACGAUUUAAGAGUAGUUAAGCAAGUAUUUGCCUUCCACCACAUUGCCUAAUGCGCAUCAUUUCUAUGAAUUAGCUGGGAAUUAUUGGACACAUGAAUGUUGUUUUCAUAAUUGGUACUUGCCUUGCCACUACUCAGGCAACUACCCCUGUUGGUGAGAAAUUACGAACUUCCACAACGGUAUGAUAUUGUCCACUUUGAGCAUAAACUCUAAUGACUGUCUCUAGUUUCCCCAAAAGUCUUCGUAUCAAUGAACUUGUAUUCCUUACUUGUAAUCUCAUGAUCAAUUCCUUUAUUAGUCGACAUGGGACUCCUCUCCCAACCAUCCUCAUCAUUGUCAUCAAGUAAAAAGUAGACAGAAAAGAUUAAGGAUAUGGAUAGAACUCCUAGAAAUCAAGGCCUCAAUUGGACAAUUAAAACAUGAUGGGUUUGUCCUGCUUUUCCCAUGGCAGUCGGCGCCUAUCAAUUUGUAAAUUUGGUGGCCAAUGUUACUGCUUCCAUCAAAUACCCCAAAUGUUGGAGCUUCACCUUUUCUAGGAUAUACAUAUAUACAUAUAUAUGUAUGUAUAUCGUACAAAUCGAUCACCAUCUUAUAAUCUUGUGAUUCAAAACUGUGGUGUGGGUUGUGGAACACUCCUUGUUGUUCAAAGACUGGUUGUUGUUGAAGAAAGGUCUCUUCCUGACAAGAAUCAAAAUCUUGGAAGGGUAAUCUUGCAUAUGUUCUUGCAGCCAAUUAUUGGGGAGUUUUAUUUGGCGUUCUCUGAAGAUUCAAAGAAAAUGUCAGAGACCCCAAAAGUUAUUGGGAUGAAAGAGGAUGAAUCCCCUAAAUUCCCCUUCACUUGGUUCUCUUUUCUUCCCAAGUUCGACCUCCGAUUGCCGCUUCCGAUCAACGGCGGCAAGAAACCGCCGGCUACGGUGAUGGAUGAAGGUCCGAAGGACGACGACGAUGCUCAGAAGCCGGAGUUUGUGAGGUUUCCUAAAGCAAACUUGGCCGUUCCUUCGGUGGAGGUUGAAGCCGAUGUCUCCGGCAAGACUUCCAAUCCGGCGGUCAUCUGGCAGGUUUGUCUUCUCUUUCGUUUUUAUGGAAACUGGAUGAAAUUGANAGUUGCUGCUGGGAUAUUGCACUCUUAGUGUUUGUGGAUUUGACUGAAUUGGGAGUAAUUGUUGACUGUUGAAGCAUCUCAUUAAUGGUGAUUUGGAGGGUGGUUGGAGAACGUUUGAUUUUUCUUGUUCUUUGUUUUGCCUUUUCUGUGCUUAUAGUUUCAGCUUUCGGCUACCUUGGUUUCCCCUUCUUAACCUACUAUUGAUUAGUUUAGAGCUUUAGAUGAUAGCUAAUUGGUCUGUUUGGUGGCUAAUCAAUGGAUAGUUCUCCAUUAUCUUUGGAAACGUGCAAGGAUUUCUCUCAUGUACUAAUGCAAAUAGAGAACUAAACCUCAUCAGUCAUCGGGGAUAGAUAGAAAUCUUCUGGAUAGCAUUUAGGUACAAAGAAUUUCCAAUUUUCAACGGGGAUAGAUAGAACAGAAAUGAAUCUGGAUAUCUAAAUGCAACUUGGUAAAUUGUUUUCCCCCCCUAUUGUAUCUGCAUUUUAGCAACAUGACUAGCUGCUAUAGUAAUUGAGAACUCCAAAGCCAGUGUUUGAAAAUGGUUGAAUCUAAGGGAGCAAAGAGAUAGAAGCAAUUGAGAAGAAGGCUUAAACACAAAGGGAGGGGUGAGCAAGCCUGAUUUAUAUUCGAAGCCUGCAACCAUUUGUAUCUAUGUGCUAUUAAUUUCACUUUAUAUUCCUAUGUUAUCUUUUCUGUGCACGAGGGGUUGAAAAGUUCAUAUUGAUCUAGAGAUAAGGUAGUAUGGAAGAGGACUGGGGCCACUAUGGAUUGUUCAACUAGUAGAGAGUUCAUUAUCGUCAGCAUCUUACUUUAAUAUUUGAUUCUUGGUUGAAUUACAAGUUUAGUCUUCGAACUUUGAAGUUUAUCUAUUGGGUCCAACUUUUAAAAUGUCUAGUAUGUUCCUCAACUUUUAAUUAUGUAUCCAACAAGUCUUUGAUGCGUUAAAAAAUUUAUACAUAAAUUCAUUUUUGUGUCUACUAGGACUCUAACCUUUUAAUUUUAUGUCUAAUAUAUUCGUGAGUUUUUUUAAAUGUUGAAUAGAUGAAGGAUUACUAGACACAAAUCGAGAAUUCAGAGGUUUAUUGGACACAAGCGAAAAGUUUAAAGACAUACUAGAUACCUUUUAAAGUUAAGUUCUAUUGGACACAAAAUUGAGAGUUCAAAAGCUUAUAUACACUAGAAUAGAACGUUUGAACUUACAAUUGAAUCUUUAAUUCAUUUACUUGUUUUUAUUCUCCUGCCUUGGCUAAUAUUUUCAUUUACUUGUUUGGAAUUUGAGCUUUCAUGACUCCUUUUUUAUAACAUGAUCAUUUAUU